GCCUCCUGUACAUAGUUGUCUACACACCUUCUCCCUCGCUCUCUCGCUGUCCUCGCUGCUGUGCCUUCUGCCGCAGUCGCACCCACACCUGCCCUUGUUAGCGCCUGCCUGGCCGAGCCACCGAUUGCACGUAGCAAGUCGCCUCGAGACGGCGUCGAGCAUAGGGGCUGCACGUAACUGUACCCGCACAAAACACCACCACCACCGCCGCCGACGACGACCUCCAACGAGGGCUCUCGCUGCAGGCCAGACACUCCCUCGCGCUGCCCUGACCUGCCCGGCGAUUUGGCCACGUGCAGCCCGCAAGAGCAGCAGCCCCUCCUUGCAGCACCAGCGUCGACGGCACAAAAGUUGAUGAGCGCCCACGGCACCGCCAGUGCUGUCUAUCCUUACGCCCCGCAUCCUACGAGCAUUCAUUCUGAGCACCGCCGCCUCAAAGAGCGCGCCGCCUGGCUGAACGGCCCGCCCCAGCUGCAAGUGCACCCGCCCUGCCUGCUGCUGCACCCCGUCCUGCACCUCGCGCGCAUCGACGAACUGCCGCCGCCCGCCCCCGCCGUCAUUGUGUCUCCACACUCGCUGAGUCCGCCUCGAUCGCGGGACUCGGCGCCCCCUGCAACGCACAAGGCCUCUGCGAAGACGGGUCCCGCGCCGCACACUACCACCGAUGGGAAGCAGAGUACCCACCGCAGCGUGCCCACCAGCACGUCGACCAUGACGUCAAACGGCGUGCCAAACCACACGGGCAGCAAGCGGGCCGACGCCGUGCCCUCUGCCCUCCAGCGCCCGCCCUUUGUCUCCCAGCACUCGAACUCGGUGCCCUCUACCCCGAUGCAGUCGGCCCGCAAGUACGAGUCGCACUCGCGCUCGCCGUCCCCCAACGGCGGCCUUGGCAGCCACUCGCCGCGCUCCGUGUCCUCGGAGGCGAACAGUACCAUGCCCUCGCUGCGGCUGGGACGGCCCUUCAAGUGCCAAUACGAGACAAACGUCGGCAAUCUGGGGCGCCGGCGAGUGCCCUAUCACUCCUCUGACAUACUAGAUCCCGCAAAGGAGGUGCCCAAGAAGACGCUGGACCCUCACGAGGACGGCAAGCUCAGUGGCGACAUGCGCGAGCUGUACGGCCGGAUACAGCCGAACCAGGCGCAUGUCCAGGUGCGAGAUCGCUUCGUGAACAAAGUCCAGCAUAUUCUAGAAACGGAAUUUCCUGGCCACGACUCCAAGGUCCACGUCUUUGGCUCGUCUGGCAACAUGCUGUGGACAUCAGAAAGUGACGUUGACAUUUGCAUCCAAACACCUAUGAAAAGGCUCGAGGAAAUGCACGCACUUGCAGAAGCUCUUGAUAAACAUGGGAUGCAGAAAGUCGUCUGCAUUCCGGGCGCCAAGGUCCGGAUAGUAAAAGUCUGGGACCCUGAGCUGGAUAUCAAUUGCGACAUCAACGUCAACAACGUCGCUGCCCUCGACAACACGCGCAUGAUCAAGACCUACAUCCAGAUCGACGAUCGUGUGCGCCCGCUCGCUAUGAUCAUCAAGCACUGGACGAAGAAGCGUAUCCUGAACGAUGCUGGCAUUGGUGGCACAAUCAGCUCGUACACGUGGAUAUGCAUGAUUAUAAACUUUCUCCAGACUCGAAAUCCGCCGAUAUUACCGGCAUUGCACAACCUGCCGCAUCGAGAAAUCGACAAAGCGACCGGUAAACCUUCGCUGUCUAGCUUUGCCGACGACUUGGACAAGCUGAGAGGGUUUGGUGAGAAGAACAACGAGUCGCUAGGCCAGCUGCUUUUCGAGUUCUUCCGGCUAUACGGGCACGAGGUCGACUUUGAAAAAGAAGCCAUCUCUGUGCGACAGGGCAAGCGGCUCAAGAGAGAAGAGAAGAACUGGCAUCCUGGAGGUGGCCAGAAAGAGGGUGUGAACCGUCUUUGUGUUGAGGAGCCGUUCAACAUCGAACGAAACCUGGGGAAUUCGGCAGAUGACUACGCCUGGCGCGGCAUUCAUCUGGAGAUCCGGCGCGCGUUCGAUCUUCUCGCGGAUGGUCAGCAGCUCGAGAAGGCGUGCGAACAGUUCGAGUUCCCGGCUGAGGAAAAGCCGAGCGCAAUCUUCAAGAAGCCGCAAUCUCAAAAAGCGACUAUCACAUCGAGCGUACCCAUCCGCUCUGGACCCCGUGGCGGUGCAUCGCCUCACCGAGGAGGCAGAGGAGGUUUCAAUUCCAAGGGGUCUAACAACAAUGGCAGGAGAUCGUCCAACGGCACGUCCUUUGCUCAAGGGCGGCCACCAUUCCUACAUAGCCCGCCACUUCCAGGGGCUGGCCAACAGGAGUACUUUGCCUUUCCACGGGGACUCCAUGAGCAAUUGCAUGACCAGUUGUUCCAGCAAUACCAGAUGUUGGAGAUGCAGUCAAAUUCCUUGCGGGCACAGCUUGCUGCCCAGCAGCAUCAGCAGGCACACCAGGCGCGAGCCGCGCAAAUGCAUGCCCAUGCCAUCGCCCAAGCUCAAGCGCAAAAUCGCGGGCCCAACAGCACGAACGGAUCUCCACAAAAGUCGCCAUUUAUCAAUGGUCAUUCCAGCCCUCGUUUGGGCGAGUUUGGAAUACCCAAUGCUAUCCCGCAAGGCUUUCUGUACCAUCACCCUGGGUUUUACAACCCGCUGCAGUCGGAUCCAGCCAUGUCCCAAGACGGGUCACGAACAAACCCCUCAUCUCCUUCGCUAAGCAAUAGUGUUCCUGGCGUGCGAAGAAAUGUCAACCGAGUUUCGAAUACCAGUGACACGGGGUCAGUCCGUUCACAGUCGCAGCCUCCUCGUGGUCUUAACCAACAGGCUGUACCUGCAGGCUACUCACCUAUGCCUCAGCUCUAUGAUGCUUCGAUGUUUGCCGGUUACCCUAUUGUGCGAUCAACCCAAGACAAUACAGUUGUGCAAUCGACACCAGUCGUCCAACGCAGUCCGCCGUCAAAUCAGCCCGAGCCUGCUAUCCUCCCCGACACUAGCACACCAAAGGAAUAUGUCGGCUACUACGUGGCAGAUCAGACCCCGGCGACGCGUCCUCUGUCAGAUUAUGCUGUCUCCGUCAUUCCGUCUUUUAGCGAAUUGGCCCAACGUCGUAGACGUGUCUCGCCAGAGGUACUGCAACCUCUUCUCAAUACCGCCAUACGCCGAGCAUCGCGAUCACCAUCACCGCUUAGUGACCACAUGCGAAAUUACCCGACUGUAACGAACACAUCUGCUGGUCUGAAUGGCGAGCGCAAGGCUCGUGUUGAUUCAGUCCGACCGGCCGUUGACGCUGGUCCAGUUAUUGUAAACGGGUCAUUUCCCGCCCAACCGCGCGAAGUCUAUGCUCAAAGCAAUAUUGUUGAGUCUUCACUACCCGAAAUGCCAAACGCUGCUGCUCUUGGCAUCUACACCAAUAGUCAGAACAUACAGCAGAUAAGAGAGCUUGAAGCGCGUCAGCAACUGGUGCUUGAAGAGAUGCAAAGGCAGAGAGUAAUGGAGGCAAUGGGGCCAUCCAUUGUCAACGGAUCGAUGAAGGGCAGUCCUCUUGGGGAGAACAAUGGUUUGACUCGGGUUCCUAGCGAGGAACAGCAGCCGUUUUCUACGACGCCAGAAGGCUGGACGAGCUACGACUCGAACAAAAGUCACCGUAAUAACAAUGCGGAGGAUGUGUCUCCAAAACGGGUGCUACCUCCUCAAUGGCGGACUGCUGGGUAUACCAAUGGUCUCCCGUCUUUGGACAUUGCGAACACUCCCCGGGCGCCUCCUCAAGAGAUCAAGUCCGCCAACCUACCGCUACUGUCGCCUGUGUUCGAGACCCGUACGCCAUCGCCGACCCUCAACCGAUCGUCUGAACUUAGCAAGCUAGUGAACGGUACGAAGGUUCACACAAAGGAGAACCACCAUGCUCGCCGAGCUUCACAUACACCUGCCGCAUCGAACGGGAACAGAGACAAUCGUACUACGCAGGUUAAGAACCAUCCGCAGGUCAACGAGAAGAGCAACAAACCACACUCUGGGAGCAGUAAUGGCUCCAGCCCAUGGCAGUCACAAGGGGGCAACAAAAGAAGAAAAGGUGGAAAGGGAAAGAAAGCUCAUGAGCAGAAAACGACGGGCGAACCGUUACCUGUUAAUGUUGCCGAUCGCAAGGGAGGGUAAACGAGAGCUCUGUCAGCCUGUGGGUACAUGAUGAUGUAUCCAGAGUAUGUCUACGCCUGCUCGUCUUCCGAACCAUGUCUUGGAUACUGCCAGAAAUUGUGAGGGUAUGUUCCUCAGAGCAGACACUUGAGAUAUGCUGUUGGGCAAAAGAGAGCAUACCGAUGCUCUCUACCGCUCCGGGCACGCCAACUACAACCUACACACGUCCCACUGCUGCGUCCCUGGCGCGGACGCAAAAAGACGAAAACAGAAAAGAUUGAAAGAAAGAUUGUAUCAUUUGCAUUCGAAGCGGUUCAGCGCGGGCUUGGAAAUCGUCGGGCGAAAGCGAAGAAAGGAUGAUGGGAUGGUGGGAUAGGCACAUUGAUCGGAAUCUUUUCCAGAUGAGGGCGUUCCGUUCUACAUCAACUGUACACAUUGCAUUCUGUUUCUCACUGGG